AUGAAGUUGGCAAAGGCGGCGGCGCAGCAGCUCAAGGGCGUCGUCAUCGAGUACGACGUGCUAUGCGGCACGCUACUGGGCAAAUCUGCAGCUCAACAGGCGGAGCAGCAGCGCCAGAAGCUUGUGGCCGAGAAGAAGCGCCAACAAACGGAAAAUCGCUUCGGAUCGUCGCUUUUUGGCGCCAAAUCUAUCAAAUCAAUGCUGGUGGGCGACGUGCGCAGUCUGCUCAAAGACCUCAAUGAGGACUCGCCAGGCAAGCCAUGGAUCGUCAAGGAGCGGCUGAAAAGUACCCUACAAGGCCUGCCGAACCAAAUUCUCGACCGCGUCACGGGUUCAAAAGAGAAGGACGAAGCUGCAGUAGGUAAGAGCGAAGACGAAAUUUACUUGGAGAAGCAGCUGCAGUCGGCGUCCGAGGAGCUGGCGAGGGUGAAGCAGCACAAGGAAGAACAGAAGCAGGAAAGAGAGAAAUGGAGUAAGAUGGGCUUUGGCGUGAAGAGUGGAAAUCAAGCGAGCUCGGUGAGAGACAAGUAUUUGGACAAAAUCAACAGGCUGAAGGAGAAGAAGAAGCACGAAGGAGCUGCGAAUACAACGGCGGGGCCGGAGGAAGUCGUGGACUCGACCACGUCUGCGGGGUUGUCGACUUGGGUCGUGAAUGAAGGAGCGAAUGAAGUGCUGGUGCGUAGCUACUCAGAUCUGCGGGGCUUGUUCAAGGCUGUGAUUCCACCUCGAGACCCGCUGCAGGAUGUGCGUUACGAGUUUUUCCUAAAUGAGAUGGAGGGGCAGUUCGACAUGUUUGUUCCAAAAGCAGAGCAAGAAAAAUUCCCAGACUCGAAGCCGAUCCUCCACAUCUGCGAGGAGCUCGGUCUCAAGACUUCCGACGUCUUGGUGCUUGCUCGGCACGCACCCACGAUCAAAGCCGCCAAGGAGGCAGGUACGCACGUGUGCCAUUACAUGCCAGGAGACAAGGCCAUCCCGAAUCACACGGCGCACUAUCACUUGACUCACUUGAACCAGUACCAGCACCUUGUCGAGGACUUUAACGGCAUAUCCUACCGCGACAAGAUCAAGUUGGGCUCCAUCGAGUUUUAG